AUGCCACCCAGAGGCCGUGGGGCUCGGGGGGGCGCCCCUCCACGUCGUGGUCGAUCAGUGACUGUUAACGACGCUGCGACACACAAUGGAAAUCAGGGAGCCGGUUCUCCCAACACAUCGCACGCUACCGCAACCAGACCGGACACGCCAACCAUCCCGGCUUCCGAGGUCCCGCCUGUCGCCACUACGUCCGCCAAUGUGCAUGGAGAAGAUGCGCAGGCACACACUUUCGAGGCUCCAGAUCCCGAAACGGCCAAUCCUCUCUCGCCGCUCGCAGAGCUCUUCGAGGGCGUUGUAGCAGAUGUGAUGGCUGUGAGAGCGACCUUUUCCUGCACUGCCAAAAGAGCCGCCAAAAACAUUCAUCCUAACUGGAAAAUCCUCGGCGGCACAGAAUCCAAGCUAGAACAGAUACGCAUCCAUCUGGCGAAUCUUUGUUACCUUCUCCCACAGCGCGUCAACGGCUUGUUGUCAGCGGCUCAAGCUCCCGCCACUGUGACAGAGCCCGCGGCGGACCCACCGGUCAAGCCUUCUCCCCCACAGAUUAUUCUCAAGGUCGCCAGUCCCUCCAACGCAAAGACAGAUCCCCCCGGUUCACGUGCUGAACCGAUCCGAUCGCCAUCCGAUUCGGUCCCUCGUGAGACACACGCUGCCAAUCCACUGAAGGAAUUCCCGGUUUCCGUCGAUGGCGCGCUCAAGACUCGCGCCACUGGACUACUUAUCGAAUGCAUUCAACUAGUUGUGCUUCGCUGUACGCCUCGGAAGGGAAUCGAAAAAGAUCUCCACGAGGUUCUCAACCUGCUCUUGGACGCCAAACCUCUCGAGAUCCACCCUUCUGCACGUCGACUCACCUCUGUCCAAGAGCUCAAGGCAUGCAUCGCUCCGUGGCUGUGGGAGGCUGCUGAAAACAUCACUGUCAUGAACACGACCAGUGAAAGCGGCCUAGAAUCGGUGCUGUCCAUGGUUUUCUUCUACUGGAUUCCUGCUGUUGCGCGGUUGGGGGUGCACCCCCAUGCUCGUAUUCUCAAGCUCGCUAAACGUUCUGCUCUUACGGCAGCUCCGUCCUCGUUCAACACCCCGCCUUCUUGCAGUGCUUCUGCCAGGACGCCAGGCACCCAGACGCCGUCCCUAGACGAACGCCUACUCGACGACAAUGAUGCAGACGACAACACCUCGUCCGAGGAUGCUGACUCGUCUGAGGAUGCCAGCUCUGACGAGGACUACGAAUGCGGCCCAGUCGAGUAUGUCGAGGGCAGCGUGACCGAGGAUGAAAGCUCGAGCUCUGGUCCCGACGCUCAACGUAACAUCUCCACCGACUCGUACAACAGGCCCGUUGACAAACACGCUCCCGGACAACGCCCGGCCUUUGUCCCCGAUUUCAUGAUCUACGUCAAGCUCCUGGACGGCUCCAAGAAGCCUGUGGUCGCCGUCGAGGCCAAGCACUCCACCACUAACCACUUCCGCCAGGUUAAGUUGUACUUCGAGCAGUUUCCACACGACAAGGACAUGUAUUGCCUGGCGACUCGCAUCGCCCCGAUGACCCGUGGUCCAGGAAUCCAGGUCGUGCUGUAUCGCCGGGACUUCACGACGGUGCCUCCUACCAUCAUCAAGAUGCAUCCUGCAUCCGAUUCGACCAAGCAGUGGUUCCGCCUGACUGACGACACGUUCCUCGAGCAGUUUCUGCGCAUUCGAAACCACUUCGGGAUCUGGCCUAAUGAAGAUGAUUGA